AUGAAUUUGGUAGAACUAUCAACAUUCAAAAAAAGAAAAAGAAAAAAGCAACCCCUCAAUCAAAAUAAUAAUAAUUGCGGUACCGGCUUCGUCUUCCGGUCCGGAGGGCUCCGUUCAGAUCGACGCCUCUGCUCCUCUGCUGUGUAUCCCUCCGCCCCCAAAUCUUCUCCAUCGAGCCGUGCGGCGGCGCCGGCGGCGACAGAGAGCGUCUACCUCUCCCUCCUUCAACGCUACUUCACGAGCAGCGCAGCAGCGGCGGUCGCCGACCCCACUCUCGGCAUGAGACCUGCAUUGUUGUCGUGGUGGUUGUUGUCUUUGCGUUGGAGCAGCGGGAGCAGCUCCUCCCUGUUCGGACGUUGGCACACGCUCGAGCUGGUGCACGUAUCCAUCUUCAGCGGCCACUGGAGUAGUAUUGUUGGAAAUCUCACGACCAAGAUUAAUCUAUGGAAAAUCUAUCUAUUUAUAUCUGUACUUCUAUAUCUGAAUCUUCUACCUGAUUUCUCUCGCUUCUCGUGCGGCCACGUCAUCCCCGAUCUUGCUGUUAACACUCCGUACAGCCACCACAAACACAUUGAUCACUAUAUCCGAGUACCUCUAUAGUUUUGUUUGUUCAGUUAGAUGGACUUGGCUAUCGCAUGAGAACAUAAUUCACAUGUGUAUUUUGUUGUUUGGGGGAUUAUAGUGGAGAUUUAUUUUUUGCACCACA